AUGGAUGAAGAGGAUGAUAUAUCUUGUCCUAAGUGCUCCCUGACUUUAAACACUCCAUAUAUUCUGUGUAAACAGUGCCCUGGGUCUGUGAAGAUUUGUCUUCAGUGUUUCUCUAAGGGGGCUGAGUUUGGAGAGCAUGAGAAUGACCACCCCUACACCAUUGUCAGGGAUGACUUCCCUUUGUUUGAGAACUCUUGGUCGGCAGCAGAGGAAGUGUCUCUGCUGAAGGUGAUGUCAGACUGCGGGUACGGGAACUGGCAGGACGUGGCCCACCGCAUGAGAGUCAGGGGAAAGACAGAGGUGGAGAAACAUUACAACAGGUGCUACAUAAACCAGGCUGACCCUGAGCUGCCACAAUUUCCCGAGGCUGACCUCGAAAGAUUCCCAUGCCCUGUUGUGUACAAGCUGUGUGAUGAUCCUCCCAGGUACCCCGACUCAUCACAGAUCUUCCAGUUGAUGGGAGGUUACAUGGCUGGGAGGGGUGAUUUUAAUGUGGAGCAUGACAAUUUUAUGGAACUGGAGCUAAGACCCAUUGAUUUCAAUGAAGCACCAAUACAGGAGAGAGAUGGGUUAGAAGAAAAGUUGAAGUUUGAGGUCAUAGAUGUUUAUCAGAACUGUCUUAAAGAUCGAUGGUGGAGAAGGAAGAUUAUUCGUAAAUAUGGAUUAAUCAACAUCAGGAAACACCGGCUUGAUAAUGGGAUGUAUCCAACCAGGUUAAAGGAACUUCUGGAUCAGCUUCAGCCUUUUAUGAGACUCUGUAGCCCUGAAGGAUUUGAGAAAUUUACACAGGCUCUUAAUUUGCAAUUUGAAUUAAGGAAAAACAUUCAGAAACUAAUGGAAUGUAGAGAAAAUGGCAUAACCAAACAGAGGAGCAUUAAAAUAUUCAGAGUUCUGAAGAGUCGUAGAAAUGAGAUGAAGUCCAGAAGGCACCUGUUAGAUGACAUCCUCGUUCACAUGAAGGAUGAAGCUGCAUGCCAAUCCUGGCUACACAAACAGGCAAUACUGGAUACAAUGUCCAAAGGGGCAGCAAAUCUACCCCUACCCUCAGCCCCCAGGAGGUCGGCCCCACCCAUGGACAUUGUGGGGCUGCCUGGCUACGAAAGGCUCUCAAAGAAGGAGCGGGAGUUAUGUGCUAGUGUGAGACUUGUGCCAGAAGCUUACCUGGAAUUUAGAGAAAUCCUUGUGGGAGAGUGUAAACGAAAUAAUUUCCUUCGAUUACAGCAAGCCAGAACAUUGAUUAAAAUAGAUGUCAACAAAACUAGAAAAUUGUAUGAUUUUCUUGUAUCAGAGGGCCUUAUCACUAAAGAACCGGGCUGAUAUUUACAAGCUUUAUUGUUUAAAAUUGUACAGAAUUUGCCAAAAAAUUGAAUUAUAAAUAAGAAAUUCUGAGUGUUGUGCUUGCUGAAUAUUUU